GCAUGCGCGGCGGGAGCACGUGGGAGUCCGGAGGGAGGCCGCUUCGGGGCUGCGGGCGACACGGCUGCCUACGGUCCCCCCGGCCCGGCGAUGGCUCCGCUGUCGGCGCAGCUGCUGCUGCAGCGCGGCCAACCCAAGUGCGACCGGCUCAGCAGGAUCAAGCGUCUGGACCUGUCGAACCUGCAGCUCCGGAGCGGCGACCUGGACCCGGAGCUGUUCGGCCGCCUGAAGCAGCUGGCCGAGCUGGACCUGUCGGACAACCAGCUGGAGGGGCUUCCGACCGGCCUGGGACUCCCCCGCCUGCGGGUCCUCAACUGCGCCAACAACCAGCUGGGGGACCUGACGUCCCUGGCCCAGUUCCCCCUUCUGGAGGAGGUGACCUUCGAGGACAACCUGUACCUCACGGUCAACGACAACUACAAGGUCUCCUUCCUCCUCCCCAACCUGCAGAAGGUCAACGGGAAGGACUCGUCCGCACUGACCAACCACGUCAAGGUCCUGAACCGGGAGCUGACCGGCCGGGUGACGGCCCACUGGGAGAAGAGCUUCCAGGGGCGAACGGGGCCCAAAGCGCGGCCCAGGGUGGUGCGCAAGGACUUCAUGAGGUCCGUCAUGCGGGAGAUCCAGUACGGGCCCAAGUCCCUCAGCGAGUUCACCCAGUGGCGGGUGAAGAUGAUCGCGGAGGAGCUCCUGGCAUCCCAUCUGGGUGGCGGGGACGGAGGGCAGACUUCGGCGGCUCCGCCAGGCGACGGCCCGGAGGAGGCGGGGGGUCCAGAGGAGGCGGGAAGCCAGGAGACCGCGCCCACCCCCAGGAAGAGGAAGGAUCUGUCCUCCCGGAUCCUCUCCCCCAUCAAGCGGGCUCGCUCCUCACCCCCUUCCGGCGUCGCCGGCAUCCAGCUGACCCCGAAGAGGCCCAGCCGCCAGGCCCCCUCCUCCGGCCAAACAGACGGACAGGCGCCCCCGGCCGCAGCGGGGGAGCCGGCCGGCCCCGGGGCUGACGACGAGGCCGGGCUCAGCCUGGAACCGCUACACAUGCUGCAGUGCCACAGCAAAGCCAACAGCCCGGAUGACUUCAGCACCCAGCUGUGGGACUGCGCCUUCGAGCCGCCCCUGGACCCCGGCCUCGCGGGACGCCCGUCCCAGACGGUGGCCACCUGCGGCGGCGAGUCCGUGUGCGUCACGGACUGCGAGAGCGGCCUCGUCCUCAACAAGUACAAAGUGCCCGGGGAGGAGUUCUUCACCGUGGCCUGGACGGCGCUGACCAUGAUCACCGCCGACGGGCGCAAGAAGCGCUACAGCGUGCUGGCGGCGGCGGGCCGCAGGGGCGUGGUCAAACUGGUCCACGUCCGAGCCGGCUUCUGCUACGGCGAGAUCAAGGCGCACCGCAAGCCCGUCGCCACCGCCUGCUUCAGCCCCACCCACGAGACCCACCUCUACACCGCCUCCUACGACAAGCGGAUCAUCCUGUGGGACAUCGGCGUCCCCGACUGCGAGUACAACUUCAAGGCCAGCCAGCUGCUGGUGCUGGAGGCCAACUCGACGCCGCUGCGCCUGUGCCCGGCGGCCCCGGGCCCCGACCGCUCCCUGCUAGCCGGCUGCGAGGACGGCUGCCUGGCGUGGGACGUGCGGCUGGACCGGCCCCAGAAGCGCAGGGGGUGGGAGGUGCACUUCCUGCUCCCCGAGGGCCCGCGCCCCGGGGGCCGGCGCGUCGACGGGCUGGCCUUUGUGGACGACGACGUGGUGGCCACCAAGGGCUGCCGGCCGGGCUCCGUCACCCUGUGGAGCUGGAGCCGGAGCUGGCCGGGCGAGGCCAGGAGCGGGCCGCAGCAGAAGGCGGAGGUGGUCAUCCUGGCCCAGCUGCAGUGGGCCGACACCGACCUGCCCUACCUCACCCUCAGCGCCUGCCCCGAGGCGGGCUACCUCUUCUGCGGCGACGAGGAGGGGAGCGUUUGGGUCUACGACGUCGGCCGCUGCCUCCGCCAACGGUCCCGCGAUCGGGUGCCCCCCACCCAGAUCCUGAGGUGGCCGGCCCUCCGCAGCCGGGGCCCCGAGCAGACCCUGGUCAACACCGUCAGCGCGGACCCCAGCCUCACCUACCUGGUGGCCGUGACGGACACCAACAUCAUGGCCAUCUGGAAGAAGCAUUAGGGACGGCCGCUAGCCCCCUGGGCCCAACCCAGCUGUUUUCACUUUUAUUAAAGUUGGUUUAUUUAA